AUGAUGGAAGAAGUGUCUAUCAGGGUGGCAUAUGACGCCCACAUCAUAGACCAGAUGACCGAGGAGGAGAUACUGGCCUGCCUGAUGGCCGAGUCUAUACCCAUACACACGGUUCCCAGUAAGAAGGCCACGCUGAGAGAGAACCAGCCGCAACAACAGGAUGACCACAUAGACAGAUACCAGAGGGAGAACCGUCAGCUGCAGCAGGCCAGUCUGCGUCUGGAGCAGGAGAAUGAUGUUCUGGCCCACAGACUGAUCACCAGCAAGAUCUCCCUGAGGACUGACCUGGACCAGGCGGAGGACAGAGUGGAUGAGCUGACCAAAGAGCUGCUGAAGACCAGAAAGAGAUUAAAGAACGCAAAGGAAGAGAAGAGAGGGAAGGAGGAGGAGGCUGCUCAGUUGAAGGAGGUGUUAAGGACAAAGCUGGACAAGGCUGAAUCAGAGGUGAAAAGGAGCUCAGGCAUCAUCUCAGACUACAAACAGAUCUGUUCCCAGCUGACCAGUCGGGUGGAGAGGCUGCAGGCAGCACACAGAGAGGACCUGGACAAACUCAGGAAUGCUGUGCUGGCGUGUUCUCGCUGCCGGCAGGCUCUAGAUUCUACUGUUAUGGAAGGCUUCGGUUUCACAGCCCCGUACCAGAGAAGUAUCAGCACCAAAGAACCAGGCCAGCAGAGAGACCAGGAAACAGAACCAGACCAGCAGACGACUGGUACCAGGGAACAAGACCAGGAGAAGGUGUGUCUGAGUGGCCAGGUCACAGAGCUGGAGAAGGAGCUGGCCCAGACUAAACUACAGAUGGUGGAGGCCAAGUGCAAGAUCCAGGAGCUGGAACACCAGCAGGGGGUGCUGCAACGUGAUCUCCAGGCAGCUAGGAACAGCUGGCUCAGUAAGACUGUGAGCUCCGUACGGUCAGCCGGAGGGGGCCUGCAGAGCAGCAGCCUACCCAGGGGGAGAGCCUCAGCAAUGGGGCGUUCUCUCCAUGGCCUCCCCUUCUCAGCCUGGAGCUCCAGGAGACUGUCGUGGGCCCCCAGGAAGGACCCGGGGGGAGACGUCUGA